AUGGAAGCAGAAGGCUUGGAUUGGCUUUUGGUCCCCUUGCACCAGCUGGUUUCCUGGGGGGCAGCUGGGGCCAUGGUCUUCGGAGGGGUGGUGCCGUAUAUCCCCCAGUACAGGGACAUCCGGAGGACUCAGAAUGCAGAGGGCUUCUCUACCUACGUGUGUCUGGUGCUCCUGGUGGCUAAUAUUUUACGGAUCCUCUUCUGGUUUGGAAGGCAUUUUGAGUCACCGCUCCUCUGGCAGAGCAUAGUCAUGAUCUUGACCAUGUUACUGAUGUUGAAGCUCUGCACUGAAGUCCGCGUGACAAAUGAGCUGAACGUAAAACGCCGUUUCUUUGCAGCUGCAGAUAAUAAGGAUGAAGAAUUCAAGGUCCCCCCAAGGCGGUCGUAUCUGGACUUUGACCCUCACCACUUCUGGCACUGGAGCAGCUUUGGGGACUACGUGCAAUGUGUCCUGGCCUUCACGGGCGUGGCGGGCUACGUCACAUACCUGUCCAUUGACUCAGCCCUGUUUGUGGAGACCCUGGGCUUCCUGGCUGUGCUGACCGAGGCCACGCUGGGUGUCCCCCAGCUCUACCGCAACUACCGCCACCAGUCCACUGAGGGCAUGAGCAUCAAGAUGGUGCUCAUGUGGACCAGUGGCGACACCUUCAAGACGGCCUACUUCCUGCUGAACGGCGCCCCCUUGCAGUUCUCCGUGUGCGGCCUGCUGCAGGUGCUGGUGGACCUGGCCAUUCUGGGACAGGCCUAUGCCUUCGCCCGCCACCCCCAGAAGCCAGCCCCCCACGUGGCACACCCUGCCAGUGCCAAGGCCCUUUGA